AUGUCUUCAAAUAAUGCGCCAGGAACAUUCCAGCCUGACCAAAUCAUUAAUCAAUUAAAUCAAGCAAAAUCACUUGCAUUUGAUCAACCAGAAACUUAUGCACAAGUCUAUAGACAAAUAUUACCGUUUGUAAAUAGACAAGAACAAUCAAUACAAUCAUGGUGUGUUCAAUUCAUCCAUGAAUCAUUCAUAAAGAAUUCACGUUUGAAGCACGCUGAUAGGGUUGAUUUAGCCAUUGAUUCCUUAGAUGCUUUAAUUAAUCUUACUAAUAUUGUUAAAGAUAUUCAUGAAUUUAUAAAUGUUAUCGAAAUUAGUUGUAUUACAUAUCAAUUGGUUUUCCAAUAUGUUGCUGAAAAUGAUGGAUGUAAUCAAAUUUGGAGUAAAUUAACUGAAUUAAAGAAUUCUUUGGUUAAUAAAUUCCAAACAAAUUUCCCAUUAGAUCCAAGUGAUAAUACUGAACAUGAUUUAAGUAGAAAUGUGGCUACUAAAUUGGAAUUAUUAAAGUUUAUUAUGAUUGUUAUUGAUUACCAAAGUAAGACCCAAGUUGUAGGAGAACCUUUAGCGUCUGGCAGUGGGUUUUCAUUGAAUAGAGUAAGUCCUGACCAUAGUUUAAUUAAAUAUAGUAAUAUGGAAUAUGAAUCAGUAAGUUUAUUGAAUUUAAUAUUGAAAACUUUCAAUCAUGAUAUUAUAAUAACUCCCUUGGUAUCUGCAACUUUAAAUCACUGUAUUAUAAUUAUGAAAAAGAAACCACAGUAUGCUAGUAAGAUUCUCGGUAUUAUUGAUAAAUAUGAUACGAAUUCGAAAUUACAAUCAAAUUAUCAAUCAAUUGAACAAUUUAAAUUGGCAAAGAAAUAUAUUGAUCGUGUUAUCAAGAUAUUUUUACAGCAUUGUUUUAAAAACGGUCUUAUACCAUCCAACUUUCAACACCUUAACAAAAGGAUUCAAGUAUUAGUUGAUAGAGGUAAUGAUAUAAGAAAGAAGAAUAUCUUUACAAUUGUAGAACCGAACAUUAAAAAGAGAAAAUUUGAAGGAUUUUAUAAUCCAUCCAAAAGAAUUAAAACUAUGGAUUACAAAAAUCUUUAUAUUUUAAACGAUUUGAAUAAUGAAUUAAAUAAUUUUGAUUUAACUACCGUACCUCAGCAUAUAUUAACAAGUAUGGUUAUAAAUGCAUUACAAAAAGUUCCUGUACCUAGAUUAUCAAAAGCUUUAGAAAUUAUAAGUGAUAGAUAUACAAAUGCACUUGAAUCCACACCCGCACCAGGCCCAAUAUCAACUCCAACGCCACCCGUAAGUGUAAAGAGACCAACCCCUCAACCGAAAACACUUCCCAAAGUACCAGUUAGCACUUUCAAUGCCCCAGUUGCAACCCAAGUAAAAUCGGAAUUUAAUCAACAAGAGCCUGCUCCAUCUGACGAACCUUCAGAAGAAGAUAGAUCCGAAGAAGAGGAGGAAGAGGAAGAAGAAGGAUAUAAUCCCGAAGCUGUAUAUACAUUGCCACCACCUAAAGAAUUAUCAUUUCAAGAUAAGAAAAACCAUAUUUCCAUAAUAAUUAAGAAUUUCUUCAAUUUAGCCAAAUCACAAGCCCCAAUCGCCACCGAAGAUGACAACGAAGAGGAAAAUGAUGCGGAUACUGAUAUAAAUAAAGAAUUAACCAAAAUUGCAAUUAAAUCAUGGAAGAAGGAUAGUUGGAUAUUAUUAUUGACUAGAUUAGCCACUAGGGGUAUGAGAACCAAAUCAUCUGAAACAACCAAAGCCGAGGAUGAUGAUGAUUAUGAUAUUGAACAAUCCCCUGAUGACAAAACGAAUCAAGAAAUGAGUGAUAUGAUCCGACAAGCGAUCUUCGACUAUUUCUUGGAAGAUAUCCAUAGUCGAAUCGAUUUGAUUAUUGAAUGGAUGAACGAGGAAUGGUAUAGUGAGAAAGUCUUUCAAGAAGCAAGGAAUAUCAAAGAGAACAAGAAGCCUGAUAUUGAGGUAGAUACUCCUAUAUAUAAUAAAUGGGCGGAUAAAGUUCUUGAAUCGAUGAUUAAUUUUAUAGAACCUAAUGACAAGAAGAUCUUUAUUCGUUUGUUGAGUGACUUACCUUAUUUAAAUAAAGAUUUGAUUGGCAAGAUUAAAUCAUUGUGUUUUGAUCCGGCAAGAUCUGAAAUUGGGUUUUUGGCGUUACAGUUUUUGAUUAUGUAUAGACCACCUGUUAAGGAUAUUUGUGUUGGGGUUUUACAAGAGUUGAGUGAAUGUGAUCAAGAGGAUGUUAAAGAAGAAGCUGCUAAGAAGUUGUCUAAAUUCAAGUAG